UCGUAUCUUUUGUCUGUGUUGUUAUUGUUUACCUCUAAGUUUGAUUUAUAUUACGUCAGUGUUAAUAUCUUAAACAUUGCCUUUUGGAAAAAAACCAUCCAUGCUCAUAAAUGAAAAUUUAAGUAUUUUCAUAUCCUAAUUCUACAAUGUGGACAACAAAAACAUUUCUUACUAAAACAAAACGCGGCAAUGUUUUGAAGAUUGUUAGGGAGCAUUACUUGCGUGAUGACCUGCUUUGUGGUUCAGCAGCGUGUAAUGUAUGCCCACAAAAAGAUGAUGAUAUGGUUCUGGAGUCUAAACCAGAAUCUAUUUGUGCCCUGUUCGAUUACUGUCAUUAUUUAGUGCUUGACAGUAAUGUGGUAUUGCACCAGAUAGAUGUGUUAGAAGAGGAUGCUUUGAGAAAUGUAAUUAUUUUACAAACCGUACUAGAAGAAGUGAAACACCAAAACUCAGCUAUAUUUCAAAGAUUACUUGAAAUUAUUGGAAAUAAGAGGAGAAAGUUUUACUCUUUUGUAAACGAACAUCAUAAAGAUACAUAUGUUGAACGAAAUCCUGGUGAAAAGCAGAACGACCGUAAUGACAGAGCUAUUCGUAAGUCUGCAGAGUGGUAUGCCUCACAUCUUUCCAUUAACAAUGUAGCUGGACAGUUCCCACAAAUUGUUUUACUGACUGAUGAUGAGAACAACAGGAAACUUGCUCAAGAAAGGGGCAUUGUUUGCUGCACUGUAAAGGAUUAUAUUGAAAAUGUAAAAGGCUUUACUGGACUAUCUGACAAGCUGUCAAAGAAUGUUAUACCAGAAAGUUGCUCCAGAGAUGCCCUGUAUCCAGCACAUUUGACGCCAAGUCAGAUACAUACUGGUAUAAGAAAUGGGAAGCUAUAUCAAGGAACUUUCCACGCGUCAAGGGAUAACUUCAUGGAAGGGACAGCUUCUGUUAGUGGAUAUGAGAAACCAGUUCUUUUACAAGGGCAUAUAGGUAUAAACAGGGCGAUAGAUGGAGAUAUAGUGGCUAUAGAAAUAUUGCCAAAAGAAGAAUGGAGCCAACCCAGCGACAUAGUUCUAGAAGACAAAGCUGAUGACCCAGGGGACUUCCUAGAAGAUUCCACAUUGCUUAAGACCAAGGUUGAUACUGCAAGUGAUGAUAUUACGCCGACAGGGAAGGUUGUUGGGAUUAUUAAGAGAAAGUGGCGACAGUACUGUGGGAUAUUGUUACCUAGCAAAUUUCGGGGUGCAACACGCCAUUUAUUCGUACCAGCGGAAAAGCGUAUACCAAGAGUGCGUAUCGAAACACGUCAGAGUGACUUACUCGUGUCCCAACGGAUCUUAGUUGCUUUGGACUCAUGGCCUAGGAACAGCCGCUACCCUUUGGGUCACUUCGUGAGAUCAUUGGGGAGUAUUGGUAACAAGAAUGCGGAAAACGAAGUUAUAUUACUGGAGCACGAUGUUCCACACGCGCGUUUCAGCGAAGCUGUGCUUGCGUGUUUACCUGCUAACGAUUGGACUAUACCCGAAGAGGAGAUAAAAAAACGGGUAGACCUACGUUCAGUAUGCGUCUGCUCAGUCGAUCCUCCUGGCUGCACCGAUAUCGAUGACGCUUUGCACGCGCGACCUCUAUUGACGAAGACUACGGACGGCCUCAAACAGUAUGACGUAGGAGUGCAUAUCGCUGACGUCACUUAUUUUGUCAGACCAAAUACUGCCUUGGAUAAGGAGGCCGCUUCAAGAUCGACGACCGUCUAUUUAGUCGACAGGAGAAUUGAUAUGGUUCCAGAUCUGCUCAGUUCAAAUCUGUGUUCAUUACGCGGUGGCGAAGAGCGUCUGGCGUUUUCAUGUAUGUGGGUGAUCGACGAAAACGCAAACGUUUUGUCUACAAAGUUCCACAAGAGCGUCAUAAAGUCACACGCAGCGAUGACUUACGGGGAGGCGCAAAUGGCGAUAGACGAGAAAUCCCGAAACGACGAAAUCGCUUCCUCAUUGCGUAUACUGAAUGCGCUCGCGAAGAAAAUGAAGCAAAAGAGACUCGACAACGGCGCUUUACUUCUCGCCUCGCCCGAAAUACGGUUUCAAGUGGACUCGGAAACGCACGAUCCCAUAGAAGUGCAAGCGAAGAAAAUUGUUGACACAAACUCUAUGGUGGAAGAGUUCAUGUUGCUAGCCAAUGUUAGCGUGGCGCGACACCUUGCGACCGAUUACCCGCGGUGCGCACUACUGCGUCGACACCCGGCGCCGCCUCCCGCUAAUUUCCAUACAUUCCUCAAGGCCGCUAGACAACAGGGUUUCGAAUUAGAUGUUUCAACGAACAAAGCCUUCUCAAAAUCCCUGGACGCGGCUGUGAUACCCGGUCGGCCAUUUUUCAACACGUUGCUGCGUAUAAUGGCGACGCGGUGCAUGCAGCAAGCAGUUUACUUCUCAAGCGGCACUAAGACCCCAGACGAGUUCUACCACUACGGGCUUGCGUGCCCCAUUUACACGCACUUCACGUCACCUAUACGAAGAUACGCGGACGUCAUAGUGCACCGGCUGUUGGCCGCGUGUAUAGGAGCAGACGUGACGCACCCGUCGCUGCUAGACACCAAACACGCGGAGGCGUUGUGCGAUAACCUUAACUACAGACAUCGACAGGCGCAGUACGCCGGUCGCGCGUCCGUCGCCCUCAAUACACACAUCUUAUUCAAGAACCGCGAAGAGAUCGAAGCCGCGGUGGUAUUGGCGGUGAAACGGAACGCGCUGCAAGUUUUAAUACCAAAGUACGGGCUCGAAGGACCGCUCUAUUUGCCGUCGGAUAAAUUCGUUUACAACGAAGAGGAACACGUGCAAAUAUGCGGUGACACAGUGCUAAAAACGUUUGACGAACUGACAGUGAGACUUACUCUCGACAGUUCGAACUUGCAACACAGAAAGCUCGUUUUCCAACUGGUGACACCGUACAUACCCGGCGUUAGCUACGUGAAAGAAGACGCCGCGGAUAAAAAAGAGGAGGUGGAAGUCGUGGAUAUCACUGGGAGUUCCAAAGGGGAGAAGAAGAGAAAAGAUACGAUAGACACCAAGAGUAAAAAGAAGAAAUCUAAAAAAUAGGACAUAUUGUGUUUGUAAAUAAAUGUUUUCUGCGUUUAAA